UAUCCUUUUGGAAAUAUCAAAUAUUCCUGUUUCAUCAUUAUCGUUUAGGAACUGCGACAUAUAAUGUUUGUGUGAUUCAGUGUUACAUUAUAAAUAUGUUUCAAACAUGUAAAGGUGUACUCGUGGUAUUGUCUUUUCUUAUAAUUGCUGCACGUUGUGGAUUGGAAAUAAUACCAGAGCGGACGAAGGUUAUUUAUGUCAAUCAAAAAUACUUUUAUAAUUUAAGCCUUGAGGUAAAGAAAUAUAGCAGAACCAGCCCAUACUACUAUAACUUAGAUAUGACGACCAAACAACCAUGGACUAACAACGUAACGUUGCAUAUCAGUUUUAAUGAGUACGUCCAGAACGAGUAUCGUAGUUCAUUUAUUGAGUUGCAUCGAAAGUUCUGUGACUUAAUGAAAUUCGACAAAUUCAUUGGAAAUAUGAUCAAAUAUUUCGGAAUAGAUUGCCCGUUGCCAGCUGGUACGCUGAGAUUGAUCAACUUUACAAUAAUCCUAGACAAGCUUCCAAACGUGUUUCCAUUCAGAAAGUGUCGCGUUGACUGUGCAGUAACAAGCACAGCAACAAAUGAAUCCAUGGCUGUGUUGUAUACUUUAGCAACGUUAAGGAACUCUAAACGUACUGGAUGAUGGAAUAAGAUAUUUUGAUUCCAACAUCUGAUUAUUAUUGUAUUGUAUAAUUGUUCCAUUUACUUGACCAAUACCAGGAACACCAGGAAUACCAGUCUUCUCUUCUCUUUUAUACGUCCUAUAAUUUAUUUGUCUCUGCCCUCAAUGUCGGCCUUACC